AUGGGUAUACAUCAACAGUAUCAUAUGAAUUCAUCAUCAUCAUCAUCAUAUUUAAGUGAUACAUUACCUUCAAAACUUUCAAAAGAUGAUUAUGAUUUUAUAUGGAAUAAUCCAAAUGAACUUGAUUUACUUGACAUGAAAAAAUCUUCAAUUAUGUCAACAUCACAAAAUCAAGAUUAUUUUCUUCGUGUUUUACCAUGUAUACGAAAAUUAUUUAUUCGAUUUGAUUCCAUAUGUCCAAAUAUUUAUCGUAUACAUUGUUCGGAUUCAUUACGAGUUUUAAAUGAAAUUAUUUGUCUUACAAAUGAAUAUCUUCAUAUAUCACCAAUAUCAACAAUAACAACAAGUGAAUUACUUGUUAAUGAUAAAUAUUUUGAUGAUUUCAUAUCAAAAUUAAGAUUACCAACAAUAUCACAAAAACGUUCUUAUCCAAUAAAAAAUACUGAAAUACUUUGCUUUGGUCAAGGUAUACAAUCAUAUAAUCCUAAUAAUGAACUUAAUAAAACAUGUUUAUUUUGUUUUGAAUUGACAACAACAACAAAAACAAGUUCAUCAUUACCUAUUGAUGUAUUUAUCUUAGAUCCUGAUGAUAAAUUAGUUACAAUUGAUCUUAAAUAUAUCAAUACAUAUAAUCAAGGUUAUACAAAAUUGUUUUCAUGUAGUUAUACACCAACAACGAAAGCAGGAAUGUAUAGAAUAUCAUUCUUUUAUAAUAAUGUUAAAAUUGUUAAUCAACAACAUAUGAUUUUUAUACGUCAUUCAAUAUCAAAUCCUUGUUUUUAUCAAAAGAAAGAACAAUCAUCAUAUGAAGAACCAAUAAAAUUACCUCAACAAAGUAAAUACAAAAAAAAAUUAUUCUUAUCUAAUUGA